GGAACAAAUGUAGAGGUAAAGCCUGAAGAGAUACUCUUUUUCUCAAUGCCUGGCUCGAAGCCAUCCCCUUCUCCAGUCCCCAAGAACAUAUUGCAGCCUUCCCCAAGAAGAGACAUUCAGAACCGCCCAUCAGUGCUGAAAUGUGCUGGACCGUACAAGCAGCAGGUGCAUUCGACAUUGAUGCUGAGCCAGCCAAAGUCCAUCACCACUUCUCAAGACAAACAAAACCGAAUAGUGCCAAUCCAGCAGGUCAUCUUCACAGACAGCAGUCAACAGGUAUCUCUUCUUUCUGGGAUGUUAUCACAGGAUGUCCAGCCAGCAGUUGCAGGGAUUAACACUGAAAAAUGUGGUCGGUCUCACUCUCUUCCCACAAGCCACUUCAAAGAGAGGUCCCCUGGGAAGCCGUUAGUUAUGGACACCACCCUUUACUUCCACAGUCCUGUGGAAAGAGCUACAGCCCGGGAGCACAGAGGGGGCCAUACUGAAUGGCAGAUGCAAGAGGAACUGGUGCGUAAGUUGGAGGAUCAGCUGGCACAAGAGAAGCAGAGAUUGUAUCUUAUGCGAGCAGAACUGGCAUCCAGCUCUCAAUCACAGCAUCCAUAUGCACCAGAGCUAAUCCUCUCACCCCAGAGCAAAGACUCAAGGAGUGAGUUCCCCUUUUCUAACCACCAUGAAGUCCAUAGUAGUGCAGAAAGAAACCCCAGCAUGGCCAUUUACAGGUACACCACUGCCCGCCCACCUUUCACAUAUGCUGCCCUCAUUGGUUGGGCUAUCCUAGAAUCUCCCAAGAAACAGCUCAGCCUGAAUGAGAUUUAUCGGUGGUUCAACAACAACUUUGGCUACUUCAGACACCACAUACCUACCUGGAAGAAUGCCAUUCGACACAACCUCAGCUUGCACAAGUGCUUCGUGCGUGUGGAGAACACAAAGGGAGCUGUCUGGACGGUGGAUGAAUUUGAGUAUCAAAAGAGAAGGAAUCAGCGUUGCUCCACUUACCCAUAUCCAUUUCUGGGGAACCAUGGAGCAGCAACACUUUCUGGACAGCCAUGGGAUAGGACAGCCCAGCCGAGAAUAGAAAGGAGCAUCUAUUAUAGGCCAGGAUCCUCCAUCCCCUUUACUGUUUCCCCAGGGAUUGUGAGCUGAAGAAGUGGAAGUUGGAUUCGAAGGGCCUGUCAGGGUGUGUCUACAUGCUUGUUUUGAGCUGGCUUUCCAUACUACUGAGGUCUAGCUGUGCUGAACUCAUCACACCCUUUUGGACUACCUCUCCCAGAAUUCCCCAGGCAGCAGGGUCACUGUCCAUGCUAGUUGGGAGAUACUGGGAAUUGUAACCCUUAAAGUCAACUUUUCUGAGAUCUGCACAAAAUCUAUAGUUGACUCUGCUUCAAAACCAGACAGCAAUAUUGCAAAGGU